ACCCUGGAACAAGUUAGCAAGGUCGUAGACUCGUUGUAUGCCAAAUUCCUACACGUGAAAUUUAACACGAUGCGUAUAAUUAAGAGGGGGAAACGGCCACACUAGGUCAAUGGUCAAAUCUGGUGCUGCACAGCAUGACGGGGUGGACGCAAUUGACACCGAGCCGACGGCAAAUCGUGCUUAUAUAUGUUAGAAACCAUAACCCCUAUGUCUCUCACAUCUCGCACAUCAUGCCUCCCAUUGCCAACCGACAAAAGCUUGCAGACCUAACUGUAGGAGAUACAACCAAAUUGCUUCAUAGGCUCGAGGAAUUUCGUUCUGACCUUGAUGAAGCUCUGAUCGAUAAACUCCGAGAACCGCAUGACAAUUUGGAAGACGUUAAGGACGUUUCCUUCUCUAAGGUGGAUUCAACAAUGCUUCCUUCAUUGGGGAUAUCGUCUGGUCUACUUCCUCUGGCCAGCGACAAGAGGCAAGAAGCCGAAACCCUUGGAUUCACCGAAAUACCAGGCUGUCUUCCGAUUGAGACUACACAAUUUCUGAUACGUUUAGUGCGCGGCCACGUCGCAACGGUGACGGAAGCUGGAUGUCACAUCUUGAUCAACAUACUCUUGUUGAGAGUUGUAUCGGUCAUGUGUUCGGGUACCACGACGGUGAACAUAAUUCCAGAAUUCCCUGUCCCUAUUGGGAGGGGACUCCCCUCUUGGGGGCCCGCAAUCGUUCCUUCCGCAUGGGGCCCGUCGGGGGGGGGUCGCUUUCAGGGUGGUCGUUUCGUCCGCCUCAGCGGGGGUCGCUUGUGGUCGCCUUUGUCAUCGCUUAUCAAUGGACUCUUGUCAUCCAAGUGGCGCAUCACCUUAGUCAUCGCUUAUUAAUCACUUUUUUGUCCGAGUCCAAAACCAUGCUCCUUGUCGAUGUCAUUCCAUCCAUGGUCUCACGACAUCAUCGCAUCAAGAUCCCGGCGACAUAUGACCAAAAUACUCGAAAAUCAUGGACGCGUUUUCAUCAGACCGUGGGAAAUUUUGGCCUCAUAUCUUUGUCGUGCUCCUCGUCUUGCUCUGUCCAUCCAUGGUCUUGUGUCAUCUUCUCGUCGUAUUCCCGGCCGCAUACAGUC